AGGUGUGUGGUCGUUGGGUCCAUCAUCAUGGGCAUUUAUAAACUCAGGCAACGGCGAGGAUCGGCAUCAGUCAACUUUGGAUAGUCUUCUAGUGAAGAACCGUUAGCUAAAGUCAAAACUAAAUCCAAACAUGUCUCUUGAACGUGCCGUUAAAGCCAAGAUUGCCGCCAAGCGCAAUCCCCAGAUGGACAAAGAAGCCCAAGAAUGGAUUGAAGCCAUUUUGGGUGAAAAGUUCCCCGGCGGUGUUGAAUACGAAGAUCACCUCAAGGACGGUCAAGUUUUGUGCAAGCUGAUCAACAUCUUGUCCCCCAAUGCCGUGCCCAAGAUCAACAGCAGCGGUGGCCAAUUCAAGAUGAUGGAAAACAUCAACAACUUCCAAAAGGCCUUGAAGGCCUACGGUGUCCCCGAUUUGGAUGUCUUCCAAACCGUUGACUUGUGGGAAAAGAAGGACAUUGCUCAAGUGACCAACACCAUCUUUGCUUUGGGCCGUGCUUGCUACAAACACCCUGAAUUCACCGGUCCCUACUUGGGCCCCAAGCCCGCCGAUGAGUGCAAGCGUGAAUUCACCGAAGAACAAUUGAAGGCUGGCCAAACCAUCAUUGGCUUGCAAGCCGGUCAAAACAAGGGUGCCACCCAAGCUGGCCAGAACUUGGGCGCCAGCCGCAAGAUCUUGUUGAACAAGUAAAUUCCAACCAGAUUUACAAAGUCAUUUUAAGUUAAGUUUUUUUUUAUUUGAAUUCCUUGCAAUCAACAACAAAACACUUAAAUAAAUACACACUGUUUAUACACACAUACACCCACCACAACCCACCCCACCUACACAUGCAAGAGAAUGUAGUGGAAACAACGUUUUGUAUUUUAUAUAAAGUAAACAUAAGUUUAUGUUUAAGUUAUUUUAUAUAAAGCCAACCAACAAAAAAAAAAUUGUAAAAUUAGUUAAAUUAAACAAAAAAAAGAGAAAAUUUUUUAAAAUAAUAAUAAAGAAACGCGUUUCAAAAAAAUGAACUGAUAAAACCUAACCAACAAAACAACAA